AUGCGCAGUGCCGACAUCGCCUCCCUCCCCCGGCCUCGCGAGAGCCCCAUGGCUUACUCGGGGCGAGCGGGCUCGGUCGGGCCGCGCCGCACUCCGGCCGUGCCGCUUGUGCCUUCCCGGAGCGCCACCGUCACCCGCAGCGGCGCCAUUUUGCCCAAGCCGGUUAAGACGCCAUUUGGCCUCCUCAGAGUAUUCAGCGUGGUGAUCCCCUUCUUGUACGUUGGGACUCAGAUCAGUAAGAACUUCGCAGCCCUACUUGAAGAACAUGAUAUCUUUGUCCCAGAGGAUGACGAUGACGAUGAUUAAAGGGUGAACUGUAAUGGAAGAACAGAAGGGAGAAGACCAUUGACAAACCAAUGGUUUCAGCAUCUGUCACCUGUGUUGUGUCCUUCCUAAACGGGACAGGGGGUUCUGUAUCCCCUUUGCAGUGAGCAUCCUGCGCAUGUCUGUAUGACAGAAAUCGGUAGAUCAGGGCUGAAGGAAGCGCUUGAUAGGCCCUGCAUCCUUGCACACACACUCUCACCUCAUUAAAGACUGCUUGGGAUUCCUUUUACUAGCAAUAUGGUAAACACUUAAUUAAAGAUCAAGAGAU